ACUGCCCACAGGCGCCCUUCCUUCGAGGAGAGAAACGAGGCCGCCACUUCCAGUUCGCCCAAGGAGCCCGCUGUCUAGGAAUGAGGCUAAUGAUGAAGCCUCAAGCUCGGAUUCAGAUGAAGGUAAAUUCCUUCCUACCUCGAGAAUGUGGUCCCCGACCUUACUAAAACCCAGGCCCAAUAGGUUAGUCUCGUGCCCACAGGAUAGAUACCACUUCUACAUAUGGAGUUGGGUAGAUGACUGUGUCCAUAGGUUUGAUAGUGGGCUCGGGAAAACGACACCAUGUACACCACGGACGAGAUGUGGAACGGGAUAGUCGUUCAGUAUGGGACCAACGAUUAUAGGGACCUCUCGAGGUUAUCACCCACAUAUAGGGAAGGCACUCCCCCCGCCUCCUCUUAAGACGGGGGAAUUUCAUGGUCCCCAAGUUCGAGCUCGGGGGAGAGUUCCAGUUAGGUUUUUUCUUUACCUGGUUUCCCUCUCUUUCCAAACUUAUUAUCAUUGUCUAACUUAUUGGAACUGCGCAGGUGCCAUGAAUCCCGACCUCGACGCUGUGCUCUUUAGCGAUGGGGGAGCUGGCGCCCAGAAGAGCAAACGUCCGAGAAUACCACGGAGGUCCGACCGACCAUCCAAGGUACCCAGACGCCACGAGACGACCCCCACGGCCCAGACUACUGUGAGCACAGCCACGGAACCGACUGUCCAGGUUGAUGCGUCUGGCUCGACCGCGCCCAUCUCGCUUCCUCCGACCGAAACUCAAAUAACAGUUGUUCGGCCCUCGAAGAAACCUUCUAUCUCCAAGGUUCAGCUGCCGACGGACCGAACUCAUAUUGAGGAGUUCUUGCUCGAUGGCGCCGCUGGGACAGAAGGGGUUGUGCUCAGCUCGGAUGUCCUUUCUCGAGUGGGUCAGAGCUUUUCUGGCUUCGACGCCGACCACUGGGACCUCGUGCGCAAGGCCUCGGACUGCAAUACUCUUUAUGAUAAGAGUAUCGAACUCACCGCCGCGGCCCUUGUCGUUUCAGCACAGCUCAACUAUAAGCUGACCAACGAGGUGCAAACGAGCAUGUCUCUGGCCCAGAAGUCGAAGGAUCUCGAGCUUAAGAUGGCUGACGAGCUCAAAGACUCGAAGUCUGAACUUGAAAAAAUGAAGACCCGUCUCGAGGAGCUGGAGAAGUCGAAUGCCGAGCUUGAGCAGGCAAAGACUUGUCUCGAGAAGGCCAAUGCCAAGCUCGAAGAGGAGAAAUCUGCCACCUUCGACUUCAUGGAGAGCGAGAAGGCCCGCCUCCUGGACUAGUAUAAGGAGCAGAAGGAGAAAGCGGUUGACCAAGCCAUGUACAAACUUUGGGCUGAUAAUGCCGACCUCGAUACCAGCUUCCUGGGCCCUCUCGAGGCCACAUAUGUUGAGCGGUGGAAUGCCCGUCUUGAGGCAAGUGAAGCUGCUCGAGAGGCGGCUCAGAAGGAUAGUCAUGCUAUUCGUCCUGGGGGGUCCGGUGCUACUGAUGCUGAGAAGGCCAAGGAGACUCAUCUUCCUUAAAUCUGAUCUCGGGGAAAUCAUUUAUUGGGGCUGCGUCCCCCUAUUUUUGUAACUAUCUUAAUUUAUGCCUACGGGGCUGAUACAAUUUCUUUAAAUAUCACUUACAUGUGCUUUACAUUUCUUGGCUCGAAAUAUUUUGCACAUUUUUUAUGGAUGAAUCAUUUAUGUU